AAGAUGAAACUUUGACAAACCAUAUCGGUUGGCAAGGACGCCAUUUUGAAAUCGCAACAAAUGUGCAUACACAUGCAAGCAAAUUAGGCAGAAUACCGCUGUACAGCAUAUUACGAGCACUCAACGAAAUGGAGGCUAAACAAAGGGACACGACAAUGAACUCAGAAGGAAAUACUGUUAUACCCCUCUUUGCGUCAUUCCAAGAAUACUUGUCCAAUGACCAAGAGAUAAGAGAGGCAGAUUCUGUGAUCACUGGCGCUUUAAUAGCCAAAGGUUUGCCUUUCUUGGUGGUUUUGUUGUGUACCUGGAGAGUGAACGACUCAUCACUCGGCUAGAAUUAGCAGAAAUGCAGAAAAUCGAGGAAGUCGUGUAUGAUCUGACCAUUAGGGGACUCAAACCGUCUUCAGAAGAGGCGGAUCGACAAGAGAUUUCCGACAACAAAGCCGGGUUAGAUGUAGGAUCUCCUCCGGGCGAAAAGUAAGCUCGUUUGCUUUGGUGGAGAGUUGUGAUCUUCUCAGUCUGUUUUGUUUGAUGAGUACCGCACACGAAUUAUUUAAAAGAGAUGAAGGCUACGAUUGGCGUUUGGAUAUUUGUGAAUGAUCUGCAAUGGAGUGCAAAUUUUCGAAGUAAUUAAGGCCGAUUUAGAUAUUGCGUUAAUUGAAAUUCAUCCUGAAAGCAAAAACUAUGUCUUCAGUUUGUCUCUGUUUUCAAUCCCCGUCGUUUGUGGUUUCAAAUUUGUUGGGAACUUUUUUCGAUAUUGUGAAAGUAAUUAGUCGGUAUUUAAGAGUUGAAGGGAAUAGCUGGUAAACUUGUCCAAAAUAACCAAAGUUCUGAUGAAUGGAUAAGAAGAUUGGACAGAGAAGGAAAAAAGUUUGGAUUAAAUAAUCAGUAAUAAAUUAGAACAAAGAAAUUACACAGAAAUUGGUAUUGCUGAUUAGCAUGUGAGGCUGCUUGGCAUUUCUCAGAGGUGACUAUCGUCGACUCAUAAACGAGGGGAAUGUACCAGAUUACGCAGAUGAUACAAUGGGGUGUACAAACCAUGAAAAGGCGGCCAUAUCUGUGUAUUAAAUUGAAUUUAACUCUUCA